AUGCUUGUACAUUAUUACACUUUGAUUCGUCGGACUUUGUUACUUAAUGAAUUAUUGUUCUUUUUCAGUUGUUUUGCUGAAUGCAUAGGAUCGAAGCUUCAGUUUAAAACAAUGACGUCAAGUUUAUAUGAUGACUUGGAUAUUUUAGACGGAACACCUCUCGAUAAUUUAACAUCAAGCGAGUCGUCUAACAAGUCAGGAAAUGCUCCAUUAGUUGGUUUGCGUGUCACUGCUAACUGGUCGGAAUCUGAUGUAACAUCAUCUAAUCAAUUCAAUGUGAAUGCUUCUUCAGUCAAUUCAAAUUCCAGUUUAAAAUUAAUGCAAUCCCACAUGGCUGUGAAACGUGCUCAGGGUCGACGCCCCGCCACAGAUUCUUCCAAUUCUCAGUGGAGUACUCGCACAACACUAGCCCCAGUGGUCGAUUUAAAACAGCGUGUACCACACGUAGAUGGCUCUUACAGAUUUAAUCAAUUGACUGGACGAUUAGAACGAUGUGUUUCGGGAAGCAGUGGAGCUAUGACGAAUGGUUUACUAUUUGGUGAACCAAAUCUACCUUUGGGUGUGAUGGAUGAAUAUAAUCCCAUGAUUCCUAAUGAAUAUGAAGAAUUAGCUCGAAUUAAACGUGAACGUAGACGUGCUGAGGAAUCAGCGCUUGCAGACAGACACCAUCGACUGGAUCCAUUUGGUAUGAAUGAUCCUUCCGGAAUGUGUCGUCGUUAUGAGUAUUCAGAUGAAGAAGAUGACGAAGAUACAGAAUAUACUGCAGCUUCCGGUAGGAGUUCUUCACAACCAACAAAGGGUGCUGCUAUUGCACCUCCAUCUGUUUUACUCGAAGAUGUAACUGUUACUCCUGGUUCAAAUGCAUCACAAAACUCUGAAUCGUCGGUUAAUGAUGAUGACCCUGGAGUUAGCACAGCUAGUAGUAAAUUUGGAAUUAAUGUUGUUGCAGCGAAAAUGAUGGCUCGAAUGGGAUAUCGAGAAGGACAAGGUCUAGGUAGAGAAAGUCAAGGAAUGUCCACUGCAUUAGUUGUUGAAAAAACUAGUCGACGUGGUGGCAAGAUAAUUCAUGAAAAAGAUCAACAACGUCAACAAAUCCAAGUCAAUGCUUCUGCUGUUAAUAAUAAUAAUCUACCUAGUUAUUUAAGUGCAAAUGUAGAAGAGACAUUCAAUAAUCUACCACUUCCAGAGAAUCGAAGCUGCGUUAUUCUUCUACGUAAUAUGUGUGGACCAGGUGAAGUUGAUGAUGAUCUAGAACCCGAAACAGCUGAAGAAUGUGCUAAAUAUGGCAAAGUAGUAAUGUGUAUGAUUUAUGAAUUGCCUGAAGCUCCAGAUGAUGAAGUAGUUCGUAUUUUUGUGGAAUUCGAAUCUGAAGAAGCAGCAACGAAAGCGGUACUCGAUUUAAAUGGCCGAUUUUUCGCUGGACGUGUCGUGAAGGCUGGAUUUUACGAUGCAGAAAAAUUCAGGAAUUUGGAACUCGCCGAUGCGCCAUUGUCUACAUAA